AUGGAGAGAGUUUAGGUUAUAACAUAAUAGGUUAUAAUAUUGCAAAAAAGAUAUUUACGAAUCGCCCAGCCACUCGUGAAAUUUAAUAGUGCCUAAUUGCGUGUCCGCGGUGAAGUCCGGAAAUAUUUCGCCUAGGAGGACCAUCGUGCGUCCUUGGAGGUGCAAUUUUCUUUUUUGCAACGAUAAAAAAAAAUCCGUUUUCUGUAAACUCUUCUCUCGUCGGCGCGUGUUUAUCAAAGGAGAGCGAAGGAGGAGAAGGACGAGCCGGCAAACGGCGACCAAUAAUAUCGAAGGAUCGAAUUUGCAUGCAAUUGCGCAUUAUGCAUAGAUUUUUCGAAUAAAUGCACGCGUACGAAUCCACGUGUACGUAUAGAAAAUGACAUAUGUACGCAUUGGUGUAUGUAAAUAAUUAAUUUACUCUCUUUACUCCAACUGUCAAAUACCUGUCAAAUAUUGGAUUGAUAAAAUGCAGUGCAAUAAAGUAAUGAUUUGACAUAUAAACGUGAAUUAAACGUGAGAUGUGUCAUAAGAUGCAAUCUGUAUGUAAAUAAUUAUAUAUAUACACACUCUGUCCUUAUUCGACCUGUCAAAUACCUGUCAAAUUUUGGAUUGAUAAAAUGCAGUGCAAUAAAGUAAUUUAAAUUGACAUAUAAACGUGAGAUGUGCCAUAAGAUGCAAUCUGUAAAUAAUUAUAUACACUCUGUCCUUACUCGAACUGUCAAAUACCUAUGUCAAAUAUUGGAUUGAUGAAAUGCAGUGCGGUAAGGCACAAUAGAACUAAUGAUUUAACAUAUAAACGUAAGAUGUGUUGUAAAAUGCAAUCUGAUACGAUGAAUAUUAUGUGCACAUGUGUAUGACAGUGUAUGCGUCAAAUAUGAGUGUCCUUCUUAGUAGCGAAGAGGGCUGGAUUUUAUCUCACUUACAAUAUCUCAAUGAGAUUUAUGAAAGAGUAGUCUUGAAUGAGAGUAGAAUCUGCUCUUUAAUUUUCAAUGAAAUGAUAUUCGAGAUUAAUUCUCAGUAUUUGAGGCCAAAUCAAAUUGCACAAAUUCUUCAGGAUGAUGCUGUGUCACAUAGUAAAAAAAAGAGGAAGCGUUCACAAUUAUUGCCAGAAAGAGAUUUGGAGGAAGUUGAUCAUGUUAAACAAACAUUCAAUGCAAUGAUGUCUACUGCGAAGAGGAGAGGACUCUUUAAUAGAAAUAUUUCUCUGGAUAACAAUGAAGCUGCACGCUUAGCAUCACAGAAAUUUUAUCAGGAUACUUAUUGUCUCAAGGAUGAGAAUCUGUAUGGAUCCAAUGAUACAAAUAAUGCUGUCAUAUCUGAAGCUAAUAAUAAGAAAUAUGUAUUUCCGAAAAAAUGUACAUUUUAUUCUUAUGAUGUGAGAGAUAUAGAAAAGAAGAUGGAACUGAACAAUCAGUAUGAUUUUAUAUUAUUGGAUCCACCCUGGUGGAAUAAGUCAAUCAGAAGAAAGAAAAUGAAAUUUGCUGAAGCUAGUUACAAAAUGAUGUACAAUGAGGAAUUGAUCAAAAUACCAAUAAGAAAAUUAUUACAUGCAAAUGGUAUUGUGGCUAUAUGGUGUACUAAUUCAUCGAAUAAUUUGAAUAGUAUCUUUAAUGAAAUAUUUCCAUCCUGGGGCAUUACUUAUAGAGCUAAAUGGUAUUGGAUCAAAGUAACACAAGCAGGUGAUACAAUUUGUAAUUUUAAUUCGGCGCCGGGAAAGCAACCUUUUGAAACAUUGAUAUUAGGAUCUGCAUUAGAGGAUAACAAAGUGAACAUUCCUGAUGGCAAGCUGAUGAUCAGUGUACCUAGUGCAGUGCAUUCUCAUAAACCACCUCUUACAGAAAUCAUAAAGGAGUAUCUCCCAAAUGAGCCAAAAUGUUUAGAAAUUUUUGCAAGAUAUCUAUUACCAGGAUGGACGAGUUGGGGUUUGGAAAUUUUAAAAUUUCAACAUUUGUCGCUCUAUGAAAUUCUGGAUGAAAGCAAGAGAGCUGAAAGUGAUGCUGAAUAUAAAAGGAGCGAGAACGAAAGAGAUUAAAAAUUAAUCAUAAAAAAAGAGCUGUAGAUAUUAUAAAUAUGUAAGUUAUAAGAUAAUUUGUAUUGAGCCUUUAUUAUAAAUUAUUUGCACAAAUGUUCUUUGAUACAAUUCGAUUAUCAUUACGAUGAAUUAUUCAGAUGUUCGUUUAUACCGUUUUUAUCGAAGUUCGAUAACCAUGCGGAUUCAUCAUUUGCCACCUCCAAAAAUCUUGACCUGUAUUUAUUCGUUAUUCAUUAGACACAUUGCUAAGCUGAAAAGAUCUUGCAUCAAAUACAUAGGAUUUUGGCUUUUAGUGGAAUUGGCUGUUAUUUUUUUUUCCAUAUUGUAGCUUAUGUCCUGCUGAACAAAGAUGUAAUACCUUCAAAACUAAAUAUUGGAUAGCCAAAAUUCUAUAUAUUUGGUGUGAGGUCCUUUUAAAAUUUUGUUACUUACACAUUUGCUCAACAUUGUAUUUUGCUGUCCAUCCCAAUUCUUUCUUCGCCAAAUCUGUAUUAGCAUACAUGGAUACGAUGUCUCCCUCUCUUCUCUCUUUCAUAACAUAAGGCACGGUAGUGCCGGUGACCUUCUCAAACGUUUUUAUCAAUUCCAGUACAGUUACGCCAUUGCCAGUUCCUAAGUUGUAAAUUUUCAACCUAAGAUGCUGCUUAUGCAAAGCGUUUAACGCCGCUACAUGACCUGCUGCUAGAUCCAUAACGUGAAUGUAAUCACGAACACCUGUGAAAGGAAAAGGAACAUGAAACUCCUGGAUAAUCGCCACCAAAUAUAACCAGUUCCGGUUUGUGUCUCAAAGCAACCUGAGCGAUGUACGGCAUCAGAUUCGUAAACGGUUUCGUCGGAUCUUCACCGAUUAACCCGCUACAAUGAGCACCCACUGGAUUGAAGUAUCUCAAAGAUAUAAUAUUCCAGCUCUGUCAAAGAAAAAAAAUCUUCAAUAAAAAUCAUUUAAAAAUGCA